AUGGCAAUAACAGGAGAUUCGCACUCGCAGUUUCAUGUUUUAGCUGUUGAUGACAGCUUAAUAGAUAGAAAGCUGAUCGAGAGGCUUCUCAAGACAUCAUCCUAUCAAGUUACUACAGUUGAUUCUGGUAGUAAAGCUUUAAGAUUUCUGGGAUUAAAUGAAGAUGACCAAAGCAACCCAGAUACAGUACCUUCUGUUUCUCUUAACAAUCAUCAGGAAGUGGAAGUGAAUCUUAUUAUUACCGAUUACUGUAUGCCUGGCAUGACAGGCUAUGAUUUGCUCAAGAAAGUAAAGGAGUCAUCAUCUCUCAGAAACAUACCUGUAGUGAUCAUGUCAUCAGAAAAUGUUCCUUCAAGGAUCACCAGAUGUUUAGAGGAAGGAGCAGAGGAAUUUUUCUUGAAGCCAGUACGACAAGCUGAUUUGAAUAGGCUUAAACCUCACUUGAUGAAAACCAAAAUUAAGAACCAAAAACCAGAAGGGCAAGAAGAGCUUGAAAAAUCAAAUAUUCAACCAGAACAACCACCACAACCACCAUCACCACAUCCACAGCCAGAUUCUCAACCAUCACCACUACUACAACAACAACCCACCAAUAACAAGAGGAAGGCCAUGGAAGAAGGGCUUUCACCAGAUAGAACUAGACCUAGAUACAAUGGCAUCACUACUAUGGUCUGA